AUUAAGGUUUCACUCAUUCCGUUGUCAGAAACAGAAAGCAGCAAGCUGGCAGCAAGUUGCUGUACCACGUGGGCCGCAUUGCUGUGUAAUUCUCGUGUAGGGUUGAAGAUUCAAAGAGAUUGUGUUUUAUAUUUUGUGGUUUUUAAUAGGAAGUACUUAGGAAUUUUCAAUCAUGCAGCAUGAUGACGUUGUCUGGAGUAUUAUUAAUAAAACAUUUUGUUCUUAUAAAGUGAACACAAAGUCUCAACAGUUUUGUAGAAAUGAAUACAAUUUAACUGGAAUGUGCAAUAGGUCAUCAUGUCCUCUUGCAAAUAGUAAAUAUGCUACUGUUAGAGAGGAAAAGGGUAUUAUUUAUUUAUACAUGAAGACUGCUGAAAGAUCUCAUUUUCCCAAAAAGAUGUGGGAAAGGGUAAAAUUGUCUCGAAAUUUUGAAAAAGCUAUUCAGCAGAUCAAUGAAAAUCUUUUGUAUUGGCCUGGUUUUGUCAUCUCCAAAUGUAAACAGCGAUUUGUCAAAAUAACAAAAUACUUAAUAAGAAUGAGGAAACUUACUUUACAUAAACCGAAGAAACUAAUACCUCUACAAAGGAAGAUUGAACGUAGAGAGAGAAGAAGGGAGGAGAAAGCACUUUAUGGAGAUAUUUACAACUUUCCUCAAACUGCUUUUGACAAGGCUUUAGAAGAGGAAGAAGUUGAAGGAGAGGAAGAGGAUUUGGAACAGGAAGAUGAUGUGGAGGUACCAGACCAAGAGAUAGAAAAGCAAAUAAUGGAGACUGAUGCUUUUGUUGCUGAUGAGAACUCUGAGGAUGAAGAGGAUGAGGAGAGAGAAUUUGUGGAACGUUCAGAUCUAUCAGAAGAAGGAUCUGAUAUUGAGGAUAUUACUAAUGUAUCUAAGAUCAGUGAGAGUAUGCCUGGCACAAGCAGACAAUUUUCAAGAAUUCUACGACCUCACAUUGAAAUUGAAUAUGAACAUGAAAUACCUGAACGAGAGAAAGAAUGGGCAUCGUGACACUAAAAUAUUACUGUGUAAUGCAUCAGUGUUAAAUUAAUAAUAAGCAGUUUAUUGAAAUGUAAUUAUGGAAACUGUAUGAUCCUAAGGCUUGUUAUAUAUGCUUCUAUAAUAUCAUGCGAAAAACACUCUUUUAAAAUAAAAAAUCCUUGAAACAAAUAAGUGGUAAAGAUUUUGUAUUUCAAUGUUUAUAUAAGAAUAUGCAAACCAGGCUUCUUAAAAAUGUACAAAAAUUGAAGUUACAUUGAAUAUUGUGUGCAGCGAUGGUAUAAUGAUUAGCAUAUCGGAUUGGUAUACCCAAGUUGGUGGGUUCAAACCUGACCGAAGCCGUGGAUUUUUAAGGGUGAAAAAAUCAUUCGUACGCCUUCCUUCGAGAGCGGAAGUAAAGCCGGCUGUCCCAUGUUAGUAGAUUUACUUGCAUGUAAAAGAUCCUCAAGCCUAAAUGACACCUCUGAGAUAAAUUCAAAAUCGCCUGUUUCUCAGCCAAGAAAUACCUCCUUCCUCUACUAGUUGGUGAAAUUUGCGUGGUCAGACAGAAGAGCGGACCUGAUGGCCCGAGUCUCGCCACGUAAAAUAAGACAUUAAUUCAAUUCAAU